AUGCCUGCCGCUGUCAUUUCCGCCGUAUCAAACCUUAUCACAUCGCCGUUUCCAGGCGUCCAUCUGAGCGUUGUCAACCGCCACGGCACGUGUUGGACGAUCAUCUGGGCACGCCGCAAAGAAGACCCUUCCGGGCUGCCAUAUCUGAUGCUCGUGCAUGCGGAAAUACUACGAUAUCAGCUGCUGGAGACGCAGGAUCUCGAUCUGAAAGCAGGGAUUGGUGCUCGUUUCGCAUCUCUACAUCCCUGGUUCAUUGUCAUGCAUCGUUCUCCCGUCUAA